GGCAAUCAUGAUGUUCACGUAACGGAGCGCUACCUUCCCAAUCUCUGACGUGACCUCUUGUCAUUCCUCCUUGCUGUCAACUUCACAAUGUCGAUAUUUGCUGCUUCUAGGAGAUUGCCUACAGCGUUGUCGUCUUCCCGCCUGGCUACGCGGUCAUUUGCUUCAACAUCGAGGAAACUCGAGCGUUUCGAAAAUGCUGACGUGAAUGUGUUCAAAAAGCGCGUAAUGGACGAGGGUAGCUCAAAGCUUAUGAUAGUAGAUUUCUACGCAGCCUGGUGUGGCCCUUGUCGAAUGCUCUCUCCGUUAUUGGAGAAGCUCACGACAGACACGACUCUAACAAACGGGAAAGAAGUAGAUCUUAUGACGGUUGAUGUGGAUAAGCAAACGCAGUUGGCGGGGAUGUUCCAGGUGACAUCGUUGCCAACAGUGAUCAUAUUCAAAGAUAAAAAGGCGGUUCAACGAUUUGUGGGAUUUAUCCCGAUGCCCAAGCUGCAGCAAAUAGUUGCAGAAGCCGCAGAUAUAUAAAUACACUGACUCGUGCUCAUGAUAGACAUGAAUAUGUGAAUCUAUACCACUCUCGGAGCCGAAGACAACCCUCAGACCGCUCUCUGGAAAAUCGAACCGUGUGCCAGCUGGCAUAAACGCAUCCCGAAGAUGCACAGGAUCUUGCUUCAUGACCUCCUCAUUUUCAUUAUUAAUCGUCUUCUUCUUCUGUAUGAGUCCGAAUUGGCACCCACCUGCAUGAGCAUGUGUCAUGUGGUAGUGCCUCGGCUGGUCUGGAGGCAUUGCCUUGUCACUCCGCGGAUGAACGGGCGUCUCUAUUGGUCAUCGUUCUCGGGAAUUUAGAAGAGUACGAUUGACCGCUUCGGCCGAUUCCCGGGUUCGAAGCGAAUGGUCUUCAAACCAUACCGUCUAUGCAUGCCGAACGCG